AUGUCCCUGCAGAGGAUUGUACGUGUGUCCCUGGAACACCCCACCAGCGCUGUGUGUGUGGUGGGCGUUGAGACCAUCGUGGACAUUUAUGGGUCGGUUCCUGAGGGCACAGACAUGUUUGAGGUGUACGGGACGCCUGGCGUGGACAUCUACGUGUCUGCCAGCAUGGAGAGGAGCCGAGAGCGAGCUGACACCCAGCGGUGGUGCUUCAACGAAGGGCUGGAAAUCAUCGUGGUCAUGAACUCCCCUAGCAACGACCUCAACGACAGUCACGUGCAAAUAGCCUACCACUCCAGCCACGAGCAUUUGCCCCUGGCCUAUGCGGUGCUCUACCUCACCUGUGUGGACAUCACCCUGGACUGUGACGUGAAUUGUGAGGACCGACAGGACAGGAGCUUCGUGGAUAAGAGGCAGUGGGUGUGGGGCCCUGACGGGUAUGGAGCUAUCCUGCUGGUGAACUGUGACCGGGACGACGUGAGCUCUAACGCCCAAGAUAACUGUGAUGAACAUGUGCACUGCCUGCAAGAUCUGGAAGAUAUGUCCCUCAUGGUCCUUCGGACCCAGGGCCCUGAAGCCCUCUUUGACGACCACAAACUUAUCCUGCACACGUCGAGCUGUGAUGCGGAGCGGGCACGGGUUUUCCAUGUCUGUGGUCCGGAGGAUUCCUGUGAGGCCUAUAGGUGUGCUCUGGGCCCGGACAGGAUGUCAUACGAGGUACCCCGCCUGAGCGGCUAUGAGGAGCGCUUCUUCGUGGAGGGCCUCUCCUUCCCUGACGCUGGCUUCUCGGGACUCAUCUCUUUCCAUGUCACCCUGCUGGAUGACUCCAAUGAGGACUUCUCCGAGACCCCGAUCUUCACUGACACGGUGGUGUUCCGAGUGGCGCCCUGGAUCAUGACGCCCAGCACCCUGCCGCCCCUGGAGGUGUACGUGUGCCGGGUGAGGAAUAACACGCGCUUUGUGGAAGCUGUGGAGGAGCUGGCCAGGAAGGCGGGCUGCAGGCUUACCAUCUGUCCUCAGGCAGAGAACAGAAACGACCGCUGGAUCCAGGAUGAGAUGGAGCUGGGCUACAUUCAGGCACCGCACAAGACAUUGCCGGUGGUCUUUGAUUCCCCAAGGAAUGGGGAGCUGCAGGGCUUCCCUUACAAAAGGAUUCUGGGUCCAGAUUUCGGCUACGUGACUCGGGAACCUCGAGACAGUUCUGUGAGUGGCCUGGACUCUUUCGGCAACCUGGAGGUCAGCCCGCCGGUGGUGGCCAAUGGGAAGGAGUACCCCCUGGGGAGGAUCCUCAUUGGGGGCAACCUGCCCGGGUCGAGAGGCCGCAGGGUCACCCAGGUGGUGCGAAACUUCCUCCAUGCCCAGAAGGUGCAGCCCCUGGUGGAGCUCUUUGUGGACUGGCUGGCUGUGGGCCACGUGGAUGAGUUUCUGAGCUUUGUCCCUGCUCCAGACGGGAAGGGCUUCCGGCUCCUCCUGGCCAGCCCCGCCGCCUGCUUCAGGCUGUUCCAGGAAAAACAGAAAUGGGGCCAUGGCAGGGCCCUUCUUUUCGAGGGGGUCAUUGGUGACAGGCGGGUCAAGACCAUCUCCAUCAAUCAGGUCCUUUCCAACCAGAACCUUAUCAACUUUAAUAAGUUUGCACAGAGCUGCAUUGACUGGAACCGUGAGGUGCUGAAGCGGGAGCUGGGUCUGGCCGACUGUGACAUCAUCGACAUCCCGCAACUCUUCAAGGCGGAGAGGAGGAAGGCCGUGGCGUUCUUCCCCGACUUGGUGAACAUGCUGGUGCUGGGCAAGCACCUGGGCAUCCCCAAGCCCUUCGGGCCCAUCGUCAAUGGCCGCUGCUGCCUGGAGGAGAAGGUGCGCUCCCUGCUGGAGCCGCUGGGCCUGCACUGCACCUUCAUCGAUGACUUCACACCCUACCACAUGCUGCACGGGGAGGUUCACUGUGGCACCAACGUGCGCCGGGAGCCCUUCGCCUUCAAGUGGUGGCACAUGGCACCCUGA